AUGGUUCCCGAUCUGACUUACAAGGCUCUUUUGCUUGGUGUUUUGGUUGUUGCGCUGGUGAUCGCCUACCAGCUGAAUGCCUAUUUCGCAAAACGAGUCGAUGCCACCGAUGACGCCAGCGACAGCGAAAGAAGUGCUCGGCGUGGUGUUUCACCAGUUCGUGAAAACGAUGAAGAAAGUAGCGACCUAGAUCGUCCGAGCAAUCAUGUUUCUGCUGGAUUCACGCACACUGGACGCCGGGAGCGUGAGAUGCGCACAGUGGACUGGGUUCGCGACGCCAGAAAAAUUUAUCGCCGAUUUAUGGUACUCUCAUCGCUACAGCAUCAUGCAUCAUCUCUCUCAUCAGUCAUCGAAUUCUCGUAUUUAUUCGUCCUCUGA